UAACAAGGCUGGAGACUCACUACAGCGACUCAACAUUCCAGAUGGAAACACAGCCACACAGAGAGCUAAACGGAGACAAGCACGGAAAAAUUGCGAGUUAGAAAAAGGGAGAGGCAGCAUAAGGUUUAUUCAUGCACUGUCCUGUAACUGGAUCUUUUACACAGAAGACACACAUUAACUCAUAGAGCACAAAGUAGAAUAUUUGCUCGGAACCUUCUUCCUGGUGGGUUUAUGUCUCUGUUCUGCCUAAACUAUGACAGAGGAAGCAAUCUCAGAACCUCAGCAGUCAUCAGCCUCUGGGUCCACUCAACAUUUUCUACGAGAUGUCAUCUUUCAUGGCAAGUUUAAGGCUCUCAGUCUAGAGGAAAGCACCAGUUGCUAUCAUGGACUUUUCUUCCAGGAUGGUCAGCGGCGUGUCGACUACAUUCUCACCUACCCUGUGAGGAAGUCAGGUGGAGGGCGCUCCAGUCGACAGUCAGACCACAGUCUCACAGAGAACUUUGCUUCCCGCACUUCAGGACAAAGCAAGCAGGUCCAAGGUGCAUCCACAGUGGCUGAUGUGGAAAUGGGAUGUCUGGGAGAAACACUUAACACCCAAGAGGAUCACAAAACAUUCAGGAGGGAGGAGUUUGAGAAAAAUCUGAAAGAAAUGGGACUAGAGCUGGAAAAGGAUGAGGAAGCCAUGAUUCCUGGUUUGGGCUUUGUAAAGAUUCAUGCACCCUGGAAUGUUCUCUGUCGAGAGGCUGAAUUAAUGAAGCUAAAGAUGCCCACAAAGAAGGUCUAUGAGGUCAAACAAUCAAGCAAUGUCAUGAAGAAAAUCAGCUCACUGGUCAAUAAAGUGCUGGAACCAUUGCACCCUAAUGUUGAGGAACAUCAUUCCAAGAACAUCAAGCACCUGUCACACUCGUUCUCCAGGGAAAAGCAACACCUGUUUGACCUCUCAGAUAAAGAUAACUUCUUUGACAGCAAAACCAGGAGUUCCAUAGUUUUUGAAAUAUUAAAAAGAACCAAAUGCAAGGCUAAAUACAGCAUGGGGAUCACCAGUCUCCUUGGUAGUGGGGUUUAUUCAGCAGCCUAUCCUCUUCAUGACGGAGCCAUUGAGGAGGAGAGUGCAGAACCCAAUGACAGGAAGCUUUUGUACGAGGAGUGGGCAAACUACAGUGUCUUUUAUAAGUACCAGCCCAUUGGACUUGUUCGGAAAUAUUUUGGUGAGAAAAUUGGCCUUUACUUUGCCUGGUUGGGCCUGUAUACCCAGAUGCUUAUUCCUGCAUCACUAGUGGGGGUCAUUGUGUUUCUCUAUGGAUGUGCAACAGUUGAUGACAAUAUUCCAAGCAUGGAGAUCUGUGAUCCAAAGAGCAACAUCACCAUGUGUCCCCUGUGUGACAGAGUGUGUAGCUACUGGAAACUCAGUACAGCAUGUGGAACUGCUCGAGCCAGUCACCUGUUUGAUAACCCAGCCACAGUUUUCUUCUCCAUAUUCAUGGCGCUGUGGGCUGCCAUGUUUAUGGAGCACUGGAAGAGGAGGCAGAUGAGGCUAAACUAUGAGUGGGACCUCACUGGGUUUGAAGAUGAAGAGGAAGCAUUGAAGGAUCAUCCCAGGGCUGAAUAUGAAUUCAGAGUGAUGCAGAAGUCCCUGAAGAAAGAAAAGAAAUCCCCACAAAAGAUUGAAAAACUCACAUGUAGAGACCGCCUUCCUGCAUACAUGACUAAUAUUGUCAUGAUGCUGCUGAUGAUCGGGGUUACGUUUGCCAUUGUGUUUGGUGUGAUCCUUUACCGGAUUUCCACCAAAGCUGCUCUAUAUAUGAGCUCCAGUCCAACCACAAGAAGCCACGUGCAACUGACAGUAAAAACCACUGCAGCGAUCAUUAACCUGGUGGUCAUUCUGAUCCUGGAUGAAGUGUAUGGAGCUGUGGCUCGCUGGCUUACUGUCCUAGAGGCCCCUAAAACAGAGAAGAAUUUCGAGGAACGGUUGAUUUUUAAGACUUUCAUUCUCAAGUUUGUCAAUGCUUUUACCCCAAUCAUCUACAUCGCUUUCUUCAGGGGAAGACUGGUGGGCAGACCAGGCAGAUAUUUAUAUGUGUUUGAGUCUUACAGAAUGGAGGAGUGUUCUGAUGGAAGCUGUCUGAUGGAGCUAUGUAUUCAGCUGAGUAUUACCAUGUUGGGAAAGCAGCUCAUUCAAAAUAACCUUUUUGAGAUUGGAAUACCCAAACUGAAGAAGCUAAUUCGAUAUAUUCAGUCGGAACAGGGAGCAUUUCAAGAAGAAGAGAGACAAAAGAAACUGCGGAGAUAUGAGACAGACCACUUCUUGGAACCGUUUGGUGGACUGACACCUGAAUAUAUGGAAAUGAUUAUCCAGUUUGGUUUUGUCACAUUGUUUGUUGCAUCCUUCCCUCUUGCUCCUCUAUUUGCUCUGCUCAACAACAUUAUCGAAAUACGGCUUGAUGCUAAGAAAUUUGUGACUGAGUUGCGAAGACCAGUGGCAGCAAGAGCCAAAGAUAUUGGUAUAUGGUAUGAUAUUCUGAGAGGAGUAGCAAAAGUUGCUGUCAUCAUUAAUGCAUUUGUCAUCUCCUUCACAUCAGACUUCAUCCCUCGGAUGGUCUACCAGUACAUGUACAGCUCUGAUGGCUCCUUGCAUGGAUUUGUCAACCAUACGCUGUCCUACUUUAAUGUCAGUCACUUUGAGCAUGGCAAAGAAACUAUGGAUCCAAUGCCUUAUGGCUAUCCCAUUGAAGUUUGCAGGUAUAAGGAUUAUAGAGAGCCUCCCUGGUCUCCAACACCAUAUGAGAUCUCUAAAGAAUUCUGGGCAGUGUUGGCUGUACGACUUGCCUUUGUCAUUGUUUUUCAGAAUGUUGUGAUGCUGAUGAAUGACAUUGUUGACUGGCUAAUCCCGGACAUUCCCAAAGAUAUCAGCCAACAGAUCCACAAGGAGAAAAUUCUGCUGGUUGAACUCUUCAUGAGACAAGAACAAGGAAUGAUCAAUAUACUUGAGAGAGGGGGGUCAUCAAGCAUCAAGGAAACCUACAGAAGAAGUAACAACAACAACAACAGCACAAAUGCCCCUCUGUUCCCAAAAGAGCAACCCAAUGGCACCAAACAAUUCUGAGCUUAGCAAGGAUGUCUUCAUUAAUCAGUCUUAGCAAGUCAAAGCUUGCACAUAGUAUAUUUUUUCAUUCACUCAGGUUGUCCUGAAGUCACUGUUUCUGUUGACGUCUAAAACAUUCCAACAUCCAAAAGAGCAGCUUGUCUAUCAGGUCUGAGAAAAGCAAGCUGUUCUCCAUGUGCUGCAUUUAAGAAAGUUUUAUGAUAGAAAAUGUCAGUUUCCUCAGCUUUUCGUCGCUCAUUGUAUUUGUAUUCAACUGUGCAUGCAUAGUAAAAUAAGAACGUUUGCAUUAAUAAUAAAUCUAUUAAUGCUCAUGAAAAUAUUACAAUUUGUAUAAAAUUAACAAAUAUAAUAAAAUAAGGACAUGUUUAA